GCCCAGCCUGUGUCCUGGCCUGGCCUGGGCACCACAUUGUUACUGACCGGACUUUGUGGCCAGUACGCAGGAGGGCCGGCUGCAACUGCAACGCCCCACCUGCCGGCCUGCCAGCGCAGCCCCUCCCUCCAUCCUGGAGUCCUGCCUUGGACAGGACAGGACCUCCAACCGACUCGAUCGAUCUUGCUGGCUCCCCGUCACUUACAAGUCACCACAUGUCAUUGCUGGCCCAGUCGGCUUUUCUCUCAUCCUUUGUCCUCGGCGCUGCGCGGUGCUACUGGGAGGCGACAACGAGCGGGGUCAGAAGGCCAAGAGAGGAGGUUGGUGGCCAGCGCACACUCUCCCAGCAGCCCGAGUCGGCCGUCCGAACACAUGCCCGCAUCUGCAUCAGGUCAUUGAGCAUGCCCGCUCUUACCGCAACCGCGACAGUGUUGGCGCCAGCAACAAGGUCUUUGUUGGUCCUGCUCAGGCGCCAGCCUGUUCCUUUGACCCUCGAACCCUCCUGAACUUUGCCCUGUCGACAAUCAAGAUACC